AUGACAUCGCUAACAUCACCUAUGGUUGGCAACGACUUUGGACACGCUAGGAGCCACAGUGCUGGAGUAAGCUCUAGCACUAUAUUGCCAUCUCCGUUGACGGUAUCGCAUUUACCGACUCUGCACCAUCGCCACAGUUCGUCCUUACAGUCUAUGCCUUCAACAAAACGAGUCUGGGUGCGACGACCUGGCAUGCAAGCUACAACUGUUACUGUAAAUGAAACCGAUAUCGUAGAUGACUUGAAAUCCUUAAUUCUGCAAAAGUACCCUACAAGUUUGGCACGAACCUGUGACCCAGCUGAUUUAGUGAUUGAGCUUGUUUACGAAGAUGGUGUUAAUGAUCCUAGUCCAAGUAAUAUCAAUGGUUCAAUGUCUGUAGACAAAUUGCCCCCGCCACCGAGUCGAUUCCGAUCGCAACCUACCGUUGCAACCCAGAGCACUACAGCUCCCAUUACCACACCAAGUAGUGCUACCAGCACGAACCCUGGUCCUGGUAAUGACAGCGUUACAAGUAUUACAACAGCAUCUACAGCAUCUACAGCAUCUAUAGCAUCCACUAGUAGCAUUGCUUCCACCACCGUGGCACUUGGUCCUCAGUCGUCAACAAAUGAUCAUUUGACAACGCCACUAACGCCAGCUUCAGGACAUUUUAGACUCAGCCCCAAUCUUUCAACUAUAGAACUACAACCAGAUGAUUCUGUGUUUGCAAUUUUAGAUCAUCAUUUUCCCGAAGGAAUGAAAAUGUCAGAUGCUCUCUUGAUAUCGUUUCCUGCUGCAAAUGAGCGGAACACUGGUGCCAACUCUAGGCCAUUUUAUCAACAAGACAAUCUAAGCCCACAACCAAGGACGGUGGUGCGACCUCCACCAACUGCAAAUCCGACUAGUAAUAGCAGUGAAGAUCUAACUUCACCCCAUGUUGCUAACAACCCCAAUAGACCACCAAUCAAGGCUUCCAAAUCCACAUCGUCAGUGGGUAGCAAUAGCUCGACCAAAUCCUCUCGCCAAGAAGGAUCUAAUGGUGUUCUUUUAUUACCGAGGCAGUUCAAACUUCCAAACAGCACCAAUAAUGAUAAUGGUAAGAAAAAAAUGCCGAGAACUGAGUCCGCUCCAUCGACAUCCGCAUCUUCUUCAAUAUCAACUAUGUCUCGGCCUGGUGGUCAGCAACCUCCACAGGAGUAUAAUAUUUCAGCUGGUGCUAGUAACCCCAAUCGGUCAUUGAGGAGAACUAUGCCAAACAACUUCCCUAUUCUUGAGGGUGUUGUCCCGCAAAUCAACGUGCUUAUUGUCGAAGAUAACGUAAUCAAUCAAAAGAUUUUGGAAGCGUUUAUGAGACGAAAGCGAAUCCGGUGUUCAGUAGCCAAAAACGGAAAAGAAGCAGUGGAAAAGUGGAGACAGGGUGGAUUCCAUUUAGUUCUUAUGGAUAUUCAACUUCCUGUCAUGUCAGGUAUUGACGCUACAAAGGAGAUUAGAAGACUAGAACAAGACAAUCGAGUGGGUACUUUUUCGUCAGAACAGCGCAUUAACUGGGUAGCUCCAAAAAAAGAAGAUAGGAUAGAAACAAAGCUGUUCAAGUCACCUGUUAUUAUUGUUGCUCUGACGGCAAGUUCUUCGAAUGCUGAUAAGUCGGUGGCUUUGGCAGCUGGUUGCAAUGAUUUCCUAACCAAGCCAGUAAAUCUAUUGUGGCUUGAGCAAAAGACGAUUGAAUGGGGUUGUAUGCAAGCUUUGAUUGAUUUUGAGGGCUGGAAGCACUGGAUGCCUCGUCCCGCUGAUGAUUCGGGUCGAUCUAAACAGCAAUCUAAAUCAUACCGACGCGAUAGAUCGCAUUCUCGGAGUCAGAGCCAAAACCAGCCUAGAUCCGGUAUAAAGACAUCUCUUCAAAGGAUGAAAAAUUCGUCUACUCCUGUGAACAACGGCUCUUCUAAUCAAUCCAACUCCAAUGUCGCAAGCGGUGUUGGGUCUAAUGGUGCUUUAUCUUCCAAUGCAUCAUCUUCUUCCAAAAGAUACCACCCACCCCCUUCCAUUAUCGUUGGUGUACCAGCCAUAGUACCUCCACCUGCUAUCGUCUCACCGGCAAGACCCGAGCAUGAACCAAGAUCUGAGAGUCAAACACCUCCUCCCGGCUCAUCAUAUGACUCAAGAGAUCAGGGUCGUGCUCUUAGUGAUCCAAUAGUCUAA